GUGGGUUCAGGGAAGUGUUGAGGGGGCGGAUAGUUUUGAUUUUCUCUACAUCGUGCUUAGCCAAUAAUGUUGAGGGAACUGUUGUGCACAUCUCAGCUGGCAGACAUUUAAAAGGGAGACAGUCCGGCGCUGGAGCAAUUUGUAUUAAACCCCCCUGGCCCCUGUCUGUGUCUAUGGAGCGGCUGGUGUCCCACCCAUCCACAGCCCCGCCAGCGCACAGUCCACAGCAGUAGGUGCCGUAGAGGGCUGACGGGAGCAGAUCAGCGCACUUCCAGCAGUGGAGGCUCAAAGAGGAUGGCCGGCUCAACGCGUAUCUUUUGCAGUAUGGUUUUCAUCAUGGGACUGCUCUCCUCUCCUGUGGAUUCCAAACGAAACCGAGGUUCACAAGGCGCCAUUCCUCAUCCUGACAAAACCAACCCAAACGAAUCGGAGCAGCAACCGCAGUCUCCGCGGGCGGGCUCCGGGUCCCGGCAGAGGCUGGGCUCAUCCUCACCGGCCGACGAGGUGCUGGAGUCCAGCCAGGAAGCUUUACAUGUGACGGAGCGCCAGUAUUUGAAACGGGACUGGUGCAAGACCCAGCCCCUCAAGCAGACUAUCCACGAGGAGGGCUGCGUCAGCCGCACCAUCAUCAACCGCUUCUGUUACGGACAGUGCAACUCCUUCUACAUCCCGCGGCACAUCCGCAGGGAGGAGGGUGCCUUCCAGUCCUGUUCGUUUUGCAAGCCGAAGCGUUUUACCACCAUGACUUUUACUUUGAACUGCCCGGACCAUCAGCCACCCACCAAGAAGAAGCGCAUCCAGCGCGUCAAACAGUGCCGAUGCAUAUCCAUAGACCUGGACUAAAGAAAUGUGUGUGUGUGUGUGUUUCUCAUUCUUAUUCAUCGCGGACCAAAUUGUCACACAGACAAGAACACGUGCCUGUCUCCAUCUGAAGGAACCGUCCGGAAAGGCCUCUGACGUGUUGGCUACACCGGGUUCCUUCUUGCACUACGCGUGAACAAAUACUGGCAAGUUAUAAACCGACGAUGAACUGCAAGCAACAUUUUGCUCUUCACCAAUUAGCCAAGUUUGAAAACAGGCAUCACUGCACGGGAACGCUGACUUGGCAUGGGCACGUUUUUACGCACGGCUUCCUCCCCCGGAGAGGACUGCAUAACUCGGUUUAUUUAAUACUUCAAGACGCUUAUUGUGACGGGAACACAUUCCUGUCCCAUUUAGUAUUCGUGUGUGCUUCAUGCUGUAUGCUUGUUGGACUGGAUGUCUCCACUGUGUGGACCCUCGGUGGAUAAGCGGCGAUAUUUGUAAAUGGAAAAUAUGAUUUUUAUUUCGAUGUUUCAAGAAUCUUUCACCGUUAAUUGAUUUCUGUGAAUUUCUAUUUUUGUUAAGACAUUUUGAAGGUGGGCUGCCUGCUCAGUUCUUAAGACAGAGGCUUGUGUUCGCUAAAACGGACAAUGUACAGCGAUUUAUAUAUAGGCCUAGUUGUAAAAUGUACAGCCAUCUUUGAUGUAACUGGUUUGUUUAUCCCUUAGACUAAAUUAUCCCUGAAAACAUCAAUAAAUGGAUGUAGAAAUA